UCUGUAACAAACACCAUCUUCUGUAACAAACAACCACCCUCCGUCCCUGAGCCGAGCCAAGAAAUUCCAAGUCUUUCCUCUCGACGGAGACAAGCUUGCCGCUUUUCCUCUCCCAGAUCCCCCACCUCCUCCCCAACUCCGCUCCAUUCUCCACCGCCCCCACCGCCGCCCCCUCUCCUCUUCUCACCGCGCUCCGCGUGCUCUGCCUCGAAUCCCCGCCUCGCAAAUCCGCAAUUCGCACCGGUGAACAACCGCUCUCGCCGGCGGCGGAGACGUCCGGGGGUCGGCGCGCCCGCGAAUCGCGCAGCCAUGCUCCAGAAGUUCGCGCUCGCGUUCAAGACCAAGACCAUCGAGUUCUUCGCCGAGGAGGACGAGGACGAGUAUGCCGCGGCGGGGGAGGGCGGGAUCCUCGCUGGCCAGCGGGUGCUCGUACUGAAGCCCGACCCGCAGAACCCUAGUAGCCCCUUCGGCGGGGAUGGGGGGAACGGGUCGGCGUCCGGAGAGGAGGCUGCCGUGGCGGCGGCACUCGCGACGACGUCUUCGUUUCAGGCGGCGUACCUGCACCUGCAGGCGGCGCACACGCCGUUCCUGCCGGAGGCGGCCGCCGCCGCGGACGCCCUCGCGGUCUCGCACCUCCGGCGGCUGUCGGAGCUAAAGCGGCUCGCGUCGGGCGCAGCGGAAGACGGCUCCCUCACGGCCCACCUCGAGGACCAGGUGCGGGAGAACCAGGCGCUGCUGCGGUCGUUCGACGCCGUGGUGAACCGCAUCCAGGCCGCGCUCGAUGCCAAGGACGCCGCGGCCGCCUCUCUUCGCUGGGAGCUCGCGGCGUUGGCGGACGGCAACGCGCGCCUUGCCGGGCGCCUCGACCGCGCCCUCGCGCCACAGCCGGGCGCGGGUGGCGGCGACGCCUUGGGCGCCAUGCUGUCCGCCAGCGUCUUCGAUUCCGUCCUGCGCGACGCUCUCCGCGUCGCCCACCGCUUCACCCGUGCCCUCGCCGAGCUCCUCCGGUGCGCAGGAUGGGACCUGGCCGACGCGGCGGCAGCUGCCUACCCGGGUAUUGCCUACUCCAAGCAUGGCCACUGCCGCUACGCUCUCCUCUCCCGUGUCUGCCUAUCCAUGUUCGACGGCUUUGACUCCUACCAGUUCGGUGGCACAAGCGAUGCUGCUGCCCUGGAAGGAAUGGAGCUUGCAGUUCGCAGGAAUGAAUCGUUGCAGCAAUUCAUCGAGCACUCUGAUGCAGACCCCAUGGAGCUCAUGAGUUCAAGCCCAGACUGCGAAUUCUCGCAAUUCUGCGAUCGGAAGUACAAGCAGCUCAUCCAUCCAGGCAUUGAAUCCUCAUUGUUUGGAAAUUCAGACUGCAGGGCGUUGCCGGUGAUGGCUGCAGCCGGUCCACUCUACGAGUUGUUCAUCACGAUGGCAAGCUCGAUAUGGACACUUCACAGAUUGGCCUGGGCGUAUGACCCUGCAGUCGGCAUAUUCCAGGUUAGCCGGGGCACAGAGUACUCAUCGGUGUACAUGGAGAGCAUUGUGCGGCCUAAGGCAUUCUCAGCAAGCAAAGAGGUCGGGAGGACGGUGCGCCCGAAGGUCGGGUUCACGGUGGUGCCGGGCUUCCGGCUCGGCGGCACGGUGAUCCAAUGCAGGGUGUACCUAGAGUCCUAGACUGGAGAUGGAUGGAGGAAUUAUAGAUUCAAAUGAUAUGAAACAAUAUAGUGAAAAAUAAACUGUACAUUUGGGAAACGAAAGGAGGUUGUGUAAAGGCGAUCAAAGAUCAGUAUGCUAUUGAGAUAAACCCCUUGGAAUCGAAGUUGCUACUUGAUAAUAAGAGUAGAAAGAAAGCUAUUUAUCUUUUUGAUUUAGUUUGGGCUUGUGUAAAAGGGGGUGUUCUUGAUUUGUAGCGUUGUACAAAAGUUCAGAGAGGUGUGUUCUAACAUUGUCAAAGAGUCACUGCUACUACCGCUUUCCUAAUUUUGGGUAAUUUAUCUGUUGAUAGUUGGAUUCGUUUUGCUGAUAUUAUAUACAGUAAUUAUUUAUGAA